ACAAUGUGAAAAAAAGAAAAAAGAAGCAUCAUUUCCUCGCCACACCCUGCUUCGUGAUCGUGAAGCUCAGUGCGUCAAGAUCUCUCUCUCUCUCUCUCUACGAAAUCGAAAAUGAGCAAGGGACCGGGUCUAUUCUCCGAUAUCGGCAAGAAAGCCAAAGAUCUUUUGACUAAGGAUUAUAGCUCCGAUCAGAAACUCACCGUUUCCUCCUACAGCGGCGCCGGAGUGGCCCUCACUUCAACAGCUGUGAAAAAAGGAGGACUCUCAACUGGGGAUAUAGCAGCCCUGUACAAGUAUAAGAACACUAUUAUUGAUGUCAAACUUGACACAGCAUCAAUUAUCUCCACAACCCUCACAUUCACUGACAUUCUUCCAUCUACCAAGACUAUUGCUUCAUUUAAGCUGCCUGAUUAUAAUUCUGGCAAGUUAGAGGUUCAAUACUUCCAUGACCAUGCUACCUUAACAACAGCUGUUGCACUGAACCAAUCCCCUAUCAUUGAUGUUUCUGCCAUCGUCGGUACCCCAACCAUUGCAUUUGGUGCUGAGGCAGGCUAUGAUACUACAUCUGGUGGCUUUACUAAAUACACUGCUGGGAUUAGUGUCUCAAAACCCGAUUCAUCUGCUUCAAUAAUCCUUGGCGACAAGGGUGACAGCAUCAAAGCGUCAUACCUCCAUCACCUCGACCAAUUUAAGAAGAGUGCUGCCGUUGCAGAGAUCACUAGAAGGUUCUCAACAAAUGAGAACACUUUCACAGUUGGAGGAUCUUUUGCUAUUGACCAUCUGACACAGGUCAAAGCAAGGCUCAACAAUCAUGGAAAGCUUGGGGCUCUCCUGCAGCAUGAGGUGAUACCAAAGUCAGUCCUGACUAUUUCUGGUGAGGUUGAUACCAAGGCCCUGGAUAAAAAUCCCAGGUUUGGGUUGGCCAUUGCCCUCAAACCUUGAGGGUUUUUCUCUAUUUGUAGAACGCAUGAUGGUAUUCCAAACUACAUUCAAUUUUUUUUGGUGGCCCUUGAAGGGAGGGCAGAAUAAUUAGUUCCGCAGAAGAGUGUUUCCAGGUUCUUCAUGAAUGGAUGAAAUAUCAUUAACUUGGAAUCAACCAAUGACUUUUGUUUCCCAUUUUUUAUUGAAUUUUAUGCUUUCCUUCUGACGUUGUAGUAGACAUUCUGAGAUAUGGAAGUCCUGUUCUCUAAGAGGAUUUUUAUCCUGUGUGCUUUUCUUAAAAUUCUAUGUUCAAUAUUAUUUUCUGA